GUAGAAGGUUGGCUACAUGUUUAUUUAUUUUUUUUGGGUCAUGUUUAUGCAAUGUUUUCCUUUAUUGUGUAUACUUUUCAUACAAGUUAGAGCUAAUUCGGAAAUUGACAACCACCCAGCUUGGAAAUUUAUUCCAACAGAUGUAUGUGGUGUUACGAGAUAUGUUCAUAAUUCGGGAAGAAUUAUAAAUGGAAAAAACGCAAAAUUGGGACAAUUUCCCUGGAUAGCUAGACUAGGAUUCCAGAACUUCUUUACGAGAAGGAUUAAGUUUAAUUGUGCGGGAACUUUAAUAACAGAGAUACAUGUAAUAACUGCUGGUCAUUGUGGAAGUAGUCAUGAUGUUGUGAGACUGGGAGAACACGAUACAACCACAAAGUUUGAUUGUACCGAAGAUGAUAUCUGUACAACUUACCAAGACAUUAAUAUAAAAAAGUAUAUUUUUAACAAAUUUGAUAAAGAAAAACUAAAUCACGAUAUCUGUUUGAUUCUUUUGGAAAAACCAGCUAAAUUUAACGAUUUUGUUAAACCAGCUUGUUUACCGCGAGGUACUCUCUUGGAUUUAGAUUUAAUUGGCAUACAUGCUCAUAUAGCUGGAUGGGGUUACACAAAUAGUACACUGGAGACUGAGGCUACUACGUUACAAUAUAUUUCAGUGCCGAUAGUCGAUUCUAGUAAAUGUGACAAAAUUUACGUACAUCAGUUGACUGAAUACCAAUGUUGUGCCGGAUACCCCAAAGGGAAGGAUUCUUGCAACGGCGAUUCAGGAGGACCAAUGACGAAGUCAUUUAAAGUCGAUAACGUUAAAAGGUGUUAUUUAAUUGGUGUCGUUUCGUACGGAAGAUCGGAUUGUGGAGCUGGUCCAGCUGUGUAUACAUUAAUAUGUAAAUACAUGUUAACAAUUCUAGAUAAUAUAAAAGAAUAAAUAAAUAGUCAAAACAGAAUG